GCACUGCACGUGACCUCAAAAAAUCCAAACCUGCGAUUUCCGAACACAAAUUAAUCCGAUAGAUCCAUCCGACCAAAUUCUAAUUGCCAACGGCAAUGGCUUUCCGGGCGGAGGUUGUUCUCCUGGCGGUGGCGCUGGCGGCUGCCGCCAUGUCCGCGGCGGCGCAAUCAAAUUCCGUCCAAUUCGGGAUGAAAUUCGACGUCGCCAGCCACGGCCUGCCGCUGGACCUCGACGGCGACGAACUUAUGAUGGAGUCGGAAUCGGCGCGCCGGCAGCUCGUCGGCACCGGCGCCGGCGGGUACAUCAGCUACGGCGCGCUGAGGAGUAACAGCGUGCCGUGUAACAACCGGGGGCAGUCGUACUAUAACUGCCGCGACCACCAGCAAGCCAAUCCGUACCAGCGCAGCUGCACCAGGGCCACCAGGUGCGCCAGGAAUAACCGCUGAUCACGUGCUCCUCACCUGCCGUGCAGUGCCAUUUGAUUCUCUUUUAUUUGACAAUUGUUAUGAACAUUUCAUCGAUUGUUAAUUCUUCACGUAAAUAAAUCAUUCAUAUCUUUUAAUUUUUAUUG